AUGAUCCUCGGCGGCAUAACCUACAUCUGCGCCCUCCUCUUCCUCCCAGAAACGUACGCCCCACAACUGGUCCGCGCGAAGCAAAUCAAAGCUGGUGGCAACCUCUCCAAUGUUGACUGGAAGAAACGCGCGCGCGAUAACCUGGUUCGUCCAUGGGUUAUGCUCUUCACCGAGCCCAUCGUGUGGGCCUUGUCAACGUACAUGGCAUUCCUAUACGGAAUCAUGUGUCUCGUACUCGUCGCCUAUCCCAUCGUCUAUAAGGAAUACAGAGGCUGGUCAACUGCCAAGAUGAGCGUUGGAUACACAGGCCUGGCAAUGGGAAUGGCUCUUCCAACAAUCCUAUCACCUCUGCUAAAUCGCGCCCAUACACAUUUUGUGCGCAAACUAGGUCCGCAGCCUGAAGCACGCUUCCCACUGCAGAUAGCUUUCACAUGGCUAACACCUAUUGGGCUCUUCUGGUUCGCAUGGACGGCAACAGCGUCUGUACCGGCUGUCGUGCCCAUUCUGGCUGGGGUUCCGCUGGGUAUCGGUCUUCUGACGGCUUUUCUGGAUAUUGCUGCGUAUCUUACCGAUUGCUAUGGUAUAUACGGGGCAAGUGCCCUUGCUGCAAAUGGACUUCUGUGCCGACUCUUUGGUGCAGCAUUUCCGCUCUUCUCGAAACGGUUGUAUGAGAGCUUGGGUGUACCGUGGGGAACUAGUCUGUUGGCUUUCGUCGCCACGGCUAUGGCGCCUAUCCCGUGGAUCUUCUAUCGCUAUGGGCCGACGAUCAGAAAGAAGAGCGCAUACCAUCAAGCCGCCAUGGGUCGUACAUAG